AUAUUAUUUUAACAUGGCAAAGCUGUGCAAACAAAUUGUCAACUCCCAGGCUAAAACAUGGAUUAAGGGCCUGGGAUAAAAAGAAUUCAAAGACAGAAGCUGGACGUUAUAUCUACUGACUUAACUUGACAGUUCACUAAAUGGGUGGUUAAACAAAGCUCUGUGUUUAUAGGCACUGCGUCACUGCUGUCAGGUCAAAGGCCAUUUUACUUGCCUCUCUCUGGCUGUUUAAGUUUCCGUUUGAAGCACGGCUUUCCACUCGAGAUCUUUUGAAUAAUACCAUGGGAGUUCCAGCAGACUGAUUUUGUGGAUUAUUGAGCUCAUAGACAUUGAAUCUGUGAAGUUAAUCUUGAAGUUGAAGGAAUAUCCAGCAAAUCCUUGGAAUGCAUCUGCAACCACUGAAGUCACUACAGGCAAGUGCAACAUUGUUAUGGCUUUGCAUCUGCCAUAUCUAUAAAGGAAUUACAGAGGAAAUAAAUCUGUGGAAAGACAAAUAAACAAUGAUUUCAGGCAACUUUUUGUUUCUCCUGAAAAGAACUAAACCAAUAGUAUUUCUGCACUUGGAGUCCUGCAAUCAUUAACUAUUGAUGCAUUCCAGAGCGUUUUAUCAAGACUACUGUACAGUAUAAUCUUUUCUGGACCUCACAGGCAAAACUACAAGAAUGCACAAGGAUGUACACUGUAUAACCAGAGGACUGUUGACAAAUGUUUGAACAUUUUCUAAUGGUCUGAGAGACGCCUCGAAAGGGAAAUAGUAGUAAAACUUUGUCCAGGUUUGUACAGUAUUUGCUGCAUGAAUGUUGUAGAACUGUUUGUAGAGAUGCAUGAAAAUAAUACUUGGAAUUAAGAACCAAUUACAUUUAUAAUCAGAUUGUUGUUAAUUGUUGGACACUCCAUUAUGGUUAAUGAGACUACAGAGACGAACAGUUCCAGUCAUGGACUGAGUGAUGUUGAGCGAGUGUUGGUACCCAUAUUUGACAGCUUCAUCCUGGUAACCGGGGUGGUGGGACACAUCCUGGUUCUUAUCGUCAUCUGUCGUACAAUGCGGCGAGGACUUGGACAGCCCAGUGGAGGAAGGACAGGAGGACUCCGACAAACAAAUGCAAAUGGCACGGAUGUUCUUCUUAUGUCAUUAAGUGUGGCAGACCUUCUCCUCCUUUCCUGUCUUCCAUACCACACAGUCGCCAUUGCAACCCGUCACUGGCCAUUUGGAAGCUUCAUGUGCAAGUCUGUGAGCUUCUUGAGUGCGAUGUGUACAGCGGCGAGUGCCUUUACGCUGGCCACUUUGGCUUUUGCACGGUACAUCAUUGUGGUCCAUCAGUCAAAAGCAUAUCAAUGGCGUAAAGAGGGGCAUUUAAAAGUAGUUGCGGGUGUACUGUGGAUACCAGCGGUCAUCCUGGCAUCACCUCAGUUUGCUUGGAGGACACUGGACAACCAUAAAGCCCAUGAGAACCUGGCCUGUUUCAAUUUCCUGUCUGACAAAGGCCAGUUGGCAUAUGGAGUGUGCCAUUUCCUACUUGCUUUUGCAUUUCCCCUUGGGAUCAUUGUAAUAGCCUAUGUCAAGAUAUACCAUUUCCUCAAAACAACUAGACAGGGCCGCACAACUCCGAUUGACCAUUUGGAGCACUACCAUGUGCAUGUGACCCAGACAUCUGCUUUGUUAGUGCUGGCUUUUGCAUUGUGUUGGCUGCCAUCCUAUGGCUUGAUGUUUGCCCAAAUAGCUGAGGAUGAUAAAGCGGCUGGUCCUUUACCUCACUUUGGACCUUUUGCUACCUUUGCUCGCAUAAUGGCAACCUCUUCUACAGUGGCCAACCCCAUUCUCUACGUUUUUAUGUCAGAGAAAUUCAGGAAGGAACUAAUGGACCUGGGUCGAAGAGUCUGUAGAAAUAGACCCUCCUAAAGUCACACAGUUAAGAGUUAAUCAUGAUUUAUUCCAUAAAGUUGUUUACAUGCUUGAAUGGCUGUAUAUAAUGUACUAACAAUGAACAUUUUGUUUAUAAACAAAUGUGUAGAACAUGUGAUGCAAAAAUGACCAAUGGUUUUAACACUAAGGAACUUAGUUCUGGUAUUUAAAUGUACUAAUUUUGCAGCCUUAUAAAAUGUCAAGAGGAACCAAACAGCUGGCAUUGUACAUUGUUUUAAUAGUUUGUGUUGGUUAAACUUCAAAUUUGUCAAGGGCUUGUUUGACUUGAGUUUUAAGGAGAAUAUGCACUCUUAAAAAAAGAAAGAAAAAAAAAGAAAUGAAGGUUCAUUAUUGACAUCUAUGUUUCCGUGAAGAAUCUUUAACAUCCAGGGAACCUUUACAUUUCACAAAAGACUCUAAAUUGUGGAAAAAGUUUCUUCAGAUAAUUAACAUGUUUGUCACGUUUAGAAAAUUUUAAGAACUGAUCACUGAAAGAUUCUUUGGGGAACCUCCAAUUUUUCGUCUGUGUGAAACCUUUAUUUUAAAGAUCACAUCUAAAGGAAUAUUUGAUGAAUUUGCAAAUCUCUUUUGUGGUUCAAAUCUUUUUUGCUUGAGAGGGAAUAUUAAAUCAUAAAUUUAAAAGGAGAAGGCAGCUUUUGAGAAAAAAACAAUGUAAUUUUCCAUUUUAAAUGUGUUCUUUUGAUUACACUUCUAUGUUAAAAAUAUAUUUUCAGUAUGGAGGCAUAAUGAAAGAACUACAAUUAAUUUACAAUUACAAUUAAUCCAGAACACGGCAGCAAGAUCAAUUUUUAAUGAGCCAAAAAGAAUGCACGUCACACCUCUGUUUAUCAAAUUGCACUGCCUACAAAUAGCUGCUCACAUAAAA